AAAUAUGGAUGCAAAAACAAUUAUGUGUGCAAUUGUUACCGGAUCAAACAAAGGACUAGGGUUAGAAAUAUGUAGACAACUGGCUGUCACCAGCAUUACCGUUGUUAUGACAGCUAGAGACGAGAAAAGAGGGCUUGAAGCUCUCGAGAAACUUAAAGAGUCGGUUGGUGAUGAUGUUAUUGACGAUAUCAUCUUUCAUCGGCUUGAUGUUGCGGACUCAUCUACCAUUCCUCCUCUAGUUGAUUUUAUCAAGGCGAAGUUUGGCAAACUUGAUAUUUUGAUCAAUAAUGCUGGUAUUUCAGGAUCUAAUGUUGAUUGGGAAUACAUGAAAGAUGUUGUUGGAAAGCAAGGAUGGACAGAAGAUAAAUCUAAUGUAAUGGCAACUUCUCACACAUAUGAGAUGACAGAAGAAUGUCUACAAGUGAAUUAUUAUGGAACAAAAAAUAUGAUCAAAGCGUUUGUUCCCCUUCUUCAGCAAUCUCAUUCUCCGAGGGUUUUGAACGUCACUUCUUCAAUGGGAAGGUUACAUUACUUACCAAAUGAAUGGGCUAGGGGAGUUCUAAAGGAUGUUGACAAACUCACAGAAGAAAGAAUAGACGAGGUGGUGAAAGAGUUCCUUAAGGAUUAUAAGGAUGAAACUAUGGAAGCCAAAGGAUGGCCAAAGAUCCUUGCUUCUUAUAUAUUAUCAAAAGCAGCUUUGAAUGCUUACAGUAGACUUGUAGCCAAGGAGUUUUCGGACAUUCUUGUGAACUGUGCUUGCCCAUGUUUUGUUAAGACAAAUUUGAAUGCCAAUAGUGGUGCAAUUUCUGUGGAAGAAGGAGCCGAAAGCCUGGUUAGAGUUGCAUUGUUGUCGGAUGGGAUUUCUGGAGCAUUCUUUUACAAGGCUAUUGUCUCUUCUUUCGAAUGAAAAUAAGUUAAGUGUUCUUAUAUUAUGUUGUCUUGAGUUACCUUUUGUAUGUUCAUGAAACAAUACUUGUUUGAAACCAAGUAUUUUUCUCUCAGAUUUAUACCAAACGCUUAAACAAUUUAUAA